UCGUGACUCUGUUUUGUCUCUCUUAUUCAGAUCUCAGAAAGAGCAUUCUUUUAUAUUACUCUUUCCUUAGAAAAAUUAUGUUUUUAUCAAAAUUUCCUGCUCUUAUAUGAUUAAAAAAGUAAGGAGUUUAAUAUAAAAGUAUUGGGGGCGCUUGUGAAAUUAGUAGCUAUGGUUAUGUCUCUAGCUCUGAUUUCAUCUUGUCAAUGGAAGAAAAAGUCGUCAAAAGCAAUGAGAAGAAGAAGAGGGGGCGCACCGGAGAUUCACUUGGAUCUGCUGAUCGAGAUUCUGACUAGAUUGCCUGGUAGAUCGCUGAUGAGGUUCAAGUGCGUUUCAAAGCUCUGGUUUUCACUUAUCCGUUCUCGAUGUUUUAGCAACCAUUAUCUUACGGUCGCAUCCCCACCGCGACCACCUCGUCGUCUAUACAUGAGUUUGGUGGACCACCUCGAGUGUAAUUCAAUGGCGGUCUGCUAUAACCCUCGCGAGUCUGCACUGCUAUUGUUCACAUCUUCUUCGUCUAGUAGUAAUAAUGCUACAUCGUUCGACCAGGAUUUGACAUUGCCAGGGAUGGGAGGACGUAAUAUGAAGCUUCUUCGCGGCUUGAUUCUAUACAUUGUUUGCAGAAGAGCGUGUAUCUAUAAUCCUACGACUAGACAAAGUGUAACCUUACCGGCAGUCAAAUCCAACAUUUUUGCUCAAGAAGACUAUCGUAAGAGUGUCCUCUACUUUUUCGGACACGAUCCUGUUCUUGAUCAAUACAAAGUAGUCUGCAUCAUUGUGGUAUCCUCCAAAAAAAUCAAGAGGAUAACCUCAGAGCAUUGGGUCUUCGUACUAGAACCCGGAGGUUCCUGGAAACGAAUUGAGCUCGAUCAACCUCAUAUUCCUACAAGACUAGGGCUGUGCAUCAAUGGAGUCAUAUAUUAUUUGGCUUCCACUUGUAUGUCUGACGAUAUCAUUGUCAGUUUUGACGUAAGGUCUGAAGAGUUCAAAAUGAUCCAAGGUCCUCCUCUGGUGUCUGCAUUUAAGCCCAUUGAUUUUAUAGAGUAUGGUGGAAAACCAUCUGUUUUUGAUCAUACCCGUCUUAGACGCAAAGGUUUGGUGGAGUUGUGGGUCUUGGAAGACGCUGGAGAAUGGUCGAGGAAAUCUCUGGUUUUACAGCCUUGUCAGAUGCAUUUAGUCAAUAAGUACACUAAAUGGAAGGUUAAAGGUACUACUCAUAACGGCGAGAUUAUCUUUGCACCCUUAUUGUUGUGUUCCCCUUAUUACAUUCUCUUAUAUGAUGUGCAAAAAAAUGAUUUGAGAAAGGUUCGAAUCAGAGGAAUACCGAAACACUGGUUUCGUAAGCCUGACACUAACUUAUUUUUUUAUUUCGAGUUUAUGGAUGACAGUGAAAGCAUUAUGCACUUGGAAAUUUGAAUUUCUGCUUCUUAGCUAUAAAAUUAUGAACAUGUAAUUGUUCUUACCUUACAAUAAUUCAACCAAACUAUCUCUUUCGUAAUUUUAUUUUCCCUUUGUUACAAAAAUAACAAUUGUUAUAUA